AUGUCUUCUGCAAUGUCAUUGUGCUCGGUGAGAUCGCCUUCCAUGGGAAUCUCGUCCACGACGGAAGCGACUGCGCACAGAGCCAGAAGGGCCAAAAGGAAAAACGUUCCGAUACGAAUCAUGGCAGCAAGGGCAAAAUGUGAGGUAUGA